AUGUCUACUCUGCAAGAUUUUGUCAAUCAACAAAAAGCGAAGGGUACACUCGGCACACCGAGUAGUUUCAGUGCAUCGUUUUCAUCGUUUGGUGAUCUGAAAUCAAAACUAUCCUCAUCGAUCAGUGAAAGUUUGAGCGGAAUUCCGUUGAUUUCGCGUUCAUCCACCGUUGAUGUGGAUUCGGAAAGCCUCACCUCCCCGGAUGAUGCAUCCACCUCUGGGCAGUUACCCUCGUCGAGGAAUCGGAAAUUUAUGAAUGGCUGGUUUGGUGGAUUAAGCGGCAAUGGUGCGGAUGAUGGAGCUUGUGGGUAA